AUGGUUGUGUUUCAGCCCGGGCAGGUGGACAAAUGUUUUCUGUGCGGGCAGACGGGGCACCUGGCGGCGGAGUGUGAGGGCAAGCCAAAGCGCAAGAGGGGCGAGAACGACGAGAAGGACGGGGGUGUACCCAAGAAGCUGUUUCAGUUGCUGCAGUGCUGGGUGCUGCGAGAGUGUCUGGAGCUGGAGUUCCGCGUCCCAGGCGUGGAGAUGGAUGUAGAGAGAAGCGACUUGCCGGCUCUUCACAUCCGCUGGCAGUGGUGGGAAGGGAUGGAAGGAGAGAAGAGGUGUGGUGCUGGUUCCACUGCUACUGCUAAUGCUGCUGCUGGUUUUGCUGGUGGUAGUAGCAGUGUGGGAGCAGCGAGGGCUGUGUAUCCGGCAUUGCGGAGAGAUGGAGGGGAGGCGAGUGCGUUGCACCUGGCACAUGCGUGCAUGGACGGCUCUUCAUGGCACUUCUACCAAAGCUACCUCGCAUCUGUGUCCUCCCUCAUUCCCGGCAACACUCUGUCUUCUGGGGGUAAUGAGGGCGCACACGCACACAGGCAGGGAGGCAUGCAGGGAGCUUGGCCUCUGGAGCUGCAGGGCUUUGGUACAUUCAGCCCAGGAGAGACAAGUGGAAGAAGCAGGGAGGGGCCAAGGCUGGAUGAGAUGCUGGGAGGGUGGGCCUUGGCAGAGGCAGCAGUGGAAGACACAAGGAGAGCAGAGGAAGCAGAGGAGGUGGUGAGGAGGGAAGCGGAGCUCUUGGGUGGUGACUAUGGUGUGAGUGUGCCCCAUGUGCUGCCUGCAGUGGUGUGUGCUGGGCUCAUGGAUGGGUGGGUGGCACAGGGCCAAGCUGACGUGAGAGCACCGCUCCAGCCGUUGCCUUAUUGA